CAAAAUCGCAGCAGCAAACUGAAGACGGUGAACACACCGACCGACGAUAACCUCGACAACCCCUCUUUCCGAACGAACCGCUUUUUGCCCCAUCUCUAGACGACGUCGAGGAGUUCCAUAAUCGACAACCCGUUACGAUGCCCGCCCCAACAGCACUCGUCCAGCCAGCGGCUGUCCCCGAAGCCGUCCCCGUCCCCGCGCCCGAGCAGGACGAUGAGCUCCUCGUCGACAUGCAGGAUGCCAACACAGUCGAACCAAACGCUAUUGAACCCCCGACGACCUCCGAAGAGGCUGAUAUGGCCAUCGACGAAGAGGGACGGCCGAGGUUUGCGCCAGGGAAGGAUGUGGACCCUAUCCGCCGUGCCGAGACAAGAAAGGUUCCCAUCCCGCCAAACCGCAUGUCUGCGUUGAAAAACAACUGGUCCAAGAUCUACCCCCCGCUCGUCGACCACUGCAAGCUCCAAGUGCGCAUGAACAUCAAGGAGAAGCGCGUGGAGCUGCGGUCGUCCAAGUUCACCACGUCCAACGACUCGCUGCAGAUGGGGGCCGACUUUGUGUCGGCCUUCGCGAUGGGCUUCGACAUUGACGACGCGAUCGCGCUGCUGCGCCUCGACUCGCUCUACAUCCAGUCGUUCGACAUCAAGGACGUGCGCCAGACGCUUGGGCAGGACGCCCUGGGCCGUGCCAUUGGGCGGAUUGCGGGCAAGGACGGGAAAACCAAGUUUGCAAUUGAAAAUGCGACGAAAACACGCAUUGUGCUCGCCGGGUCGAGGGUGCAUAUCCUCGGUGCCUUCGAGAAUAUCGGGAUGGCGCGUGAAAGCAUCGUCUCGUUGGUACUUGGUGCCCAGCCGGGCAAGGUCUACAACGGCCUAAGGAUAAUUGCCUCGCGGAUGAAGGAGAGGUUUUAGUCAGGUCAGGAUGUGGGAAAAAGGCAUUAAGGGCAUGGCUGGUCGGCGUUCGGGAGUAUCUUGUGGCUUAUGUGUCAUGCAUGAAUGAGAAUAGAUCUUCAUA